CUGCAGCGUGAGUGCAUCUCCAUCCACGUGGGCCAGGCAGGAGUGCAGAUUGGGAAUGCCUGCUGGGAGCUGUACUGCCUGGAGCAUGGCAUCCAGCCCAACGGGACCAUGCCCAGCGACAAGACCAACGGGGGUGGCGACGACUCCUUCAACACCUUCUUCAGCGAGACAGGCGCUGGCAAGCACGUCCCUCGCGCUGUGUUCGUGGACCUGGAGCCUGCAGUCAUAGACGAAGUUCGGAAUGGCACAUACAGACAACUCUUUCAUCCUGAGCAACUGAUAUCUGGGAAAGAAGAUGCUGCAAAUAACUAUGCUCGAGGUCAUUACACAGUUGGGAAGGAGAUAAUUGAUCUGGUCUUAGAUCGUAUCAGGAAGCUGGCAGAUCAGUGCACUGGCCUGCAGGGCUUCGUGGUCUUCCACAGCUUUGGGGGAGGCACCGGCUCUGGGUUCACCUCUCUGCUCAUGGAACGACUCUCUGUUGACUAUGGGAAGAAAUCCAAGCUGGAGUUUGCCAUCUACCCUGCGCCACAGGUCUCCACAGCUGUCGUGGAGCCUUACAACUCCAUCCUGACCACCCACACCACGCUGGAGCACUCUGACUGCGCCUUCAUGGUGGACAAUGAGGCCAUCUAUGACAUCUGCCGCAGGAACCUGGACAUCGAUAGACCAACCUACACCAACCUCAACCGCCUCAUCGGCCAGAUCGUCUCCUCCAUCACUGCCUCCCUCAGGUUCGAUGGUGCCUUAAACGUGGAUCUCACCGAGUUUCAGACUAACCUGGUGCCUUACCCUCGCGUCCACUUCCCGCUGGUGACCUACUCCCCCAUUAUCUCGGCGGAGAAGGCCUACCACGAGCAGUUCUCUGUGGCUGAGAUCACCAAUGCUUGCUUCGAGCCCUCCAACCAGAUGGUGAAGUGUGACCCUCGGCACGGCAAGUACAUGGCGUGCUGCAUGCUGUACCGUGGGGACGUGGUGCCCAAGGACGUCAACGCUGCCAUCGCUGCCAUCAAAACUAAGCGCACUAUCCAGUUUGUGGACUGGUGUCCUACUGGGUUCAAGGUUGGCAUCAAUUACCAGCCCCCCACAGUGGUGCCUGGGGGUGACCUGGCCAAGGUCCAGCGGGCAGUCUGCAUGCUGAGCAACACCACGGCCAUUGCCGAGGCCUGGGCUCGCCUAGACCACAAGUUUGACCUGAUGUAUGCCAAACGUGCCUUUGUCCACUGGUAUGUGGGAGAAGGGAUGGAGGAAGGGGAGUUCUCAGAGGCUCGGGAGGAUCUGGCUGCGCUUGAGAAGGAUUACGCGGAAGUGGGCACAGACUCAAUGGAUAGAGAAGAGGAAGGUGAAGAAUAUUAACUCACGCAGGGAAUCAUAAAUCACGUCAAUUGAUUGGAAUAAACUUCUCUAAUCAAG